AUGUCUUUAACUCGCACUAUGUCUGCGGAUUUAGGUCCUGGUGCUGGCUCUGCUGGCUCUAGUGCUGCUAGGCAGCGCCCGGCUUUCAACUCCUCGUCCGCUCUGGGCAGCAGCGGUGUGGGCUUGCCGAGACCUUUUGAUUCGCCGCAGAGAAUGCCGAGUGUGGCCGGUGGCAGCGGUGCGAGUCAAGGCAGGCUGAGGCCAGGUGCUCUGUUGGAUUCACCUGAGGAUCUCCCCAGGGGGGGCCAACAGCCGCUGUUCCGCACGUCGUCUGAUUUCCAGCAGGGCCUGGGAAUGGGGGAGAGGGGCGAGCGGGGCAGCAGUGCCAGCGGUGGCAGCAGUGGGCACGUAGCAGCUGGUCGCAGCGCCAGUGACGAGGGUGAGAGCAGUGGGGGGUUUGCGUCAUCAGGCGUGGGAAUGGGGGUGUCCGAAGUUGGAGUACCGUCGGUUUUCACAGACAGCUACACAGACGCUGCUGCCUCCUCCAACCCGCUCCCUCCUCUCCCUGGCACACGGCAUCACGGCCAUCAGGGGCAGCAGCCGGCGCGGCGGCGGCACAGCACACUCACUGAGGAGCUCUUGCUGGGAGGAGCAGGUGGAGAGGUGGGUUCUGGGGGCUUUGCUGGUGAUGAUUAUGAUGCUGCGUUACCCCAAGCAGAUUCCGGUUUCCUUCAAAAAAAUCCUGCAACGUUUGUUGUCGCCCGCGAAAUGGCGAAGCUGGUAGUCGAGGACCUUUUUUUGCCAGCUGAUGAGUCGUUCCCACAAGUAAUAGCUUCCCAGCAUCAGCAGGACCAGCCGCGUCAGAGCAGCGUCGUUUUUGCUCAUGGCAAUCAAGAAGCCAUGCAGCUCCAGGCACUCCCGGAGAAAAUUCGCUUUGUAUCCGUCGCUUUCAACGACUAUCUUAAACCGGCCCGGGACCUGCAAGCCGUGUGUGUGUCUAGUCCGUCGGCCGUUGCCGCCUGUCCUGGUCUCAGCCAAGCGGUAGCGAGGACGGCGGAGUCAGCAGCAAUUUUUGACCACGUCUUCGUGCCAGAGCUGAACUCUCUGAUUUUUCAGCUCGCUGCUCUCUCCGACCUAUGUUUCGCCGAGCCUGAUCCCUCACAGGAGGAUAUAAAGGCGUGCAUUGAAAAGCUCGAAGAACGAGUCGAGGCCGUGUCCAAAACAAGCAAGCAGCUGUCAAGGCUGUUGACAGGCUCUGGUGGGGCUGUGGCCGUGGCGUCACGGAAGCUGAAGAGCACAGAGGUCGAGACACUUAACGACAUGGCCGAGCUGGACAAGCGGGAGAAGCGGGACAGCAAGCGCAGCUUCUGGCUUGGGUUUGGCGGGGCGGCUCUCUUGCUGCUUGGAGCUCCUCUGAUCAUGUGCGAGGCACCUGCCAUCAUCGCUGGCGCUGCCAUUUCUGGCGCUCGUGUCGGUGCUGGUGUUGCAGCCGUGGUAGGAGCUGGUGCGAGUGCUGGUGGUUCUAUAAAUUACGCCAACAAGGCAGCCCAGGCACUCACAAUCUAUCGGGACAAGGGAGAGGUGUUGGAAGGCGUGCAGAGGAUGAAGGGGCCUGCACGCAGCCUUUCUGAUAGCACGGGCAAGCUGGUCAAGGGCCUGGAGAAAGUGGAUUUCCUCCUCACCAUGCUCACAGACCGAGUCUCAGACUGUCUCAAGACCCCAGGGACCAACCUUAGCUCGCUGGCGUUAUUCAAGCUGCUGCAGCUGGCACAGGCGGUUGGGGUUUCAGCUUGCUACCUGCCGGCCCAUGAGGUGGAGGUGGAUAUGCUGUUGGGGGACAGGGAGGCUGCUGAUGUGGUGCGUGCCUGGAAGCUGGAACAACGGGACGCUGAAGUGGCUGCUGCAGCUUCUGCGGCAGCCACGGCUGAGGUGUGA